UAGCUUUGCGUAAAUUGCCAAAAUGGCGCCAAACGUGUCGACAAAUUUUAACCUUUGGAAUUAAACACGAAAAUACAAAAUAAACUUUUUAAAAUGAUGACUCGAAGAAAAUGGUAAAUCUAUCUACCAGAUUACUUAACGCAGUUUCAACAAUGACAAGAAUAUUAAAUGUCGCUGAAAAGAACGAUGCAGCUAAAUCAUUGGCAGAAGUUUUAUCGAGAGGCAACUUUCGACGGAGAGACGGACGUUCUGUGUACAAUAAGAUUUAUGAGUUUGAGUACAAUCUUUUCAACAAGAAUUGCAUAAUGAGCAUGACCUCUGUGUCAGGUCAUCUUUUGGGCAUGGAAUUUAUUGGUUUGUAUAAAAAAUGGACUAUGUGUAACCCUGUCAGUUUAUUUGAGGCUACCAUUCAGAAGUACUGUCCUCCAGAUUUUCUUAAUAUAAAGAAAACCCUGGAAGAAGAGGUACGUAAAUCUCAGAUAUUGAUUAUCUGGACUGAUUGUGAUCGAGAAGGUGAAAACAUAGGCUUUGAAAUUAUUCAAGUCUGCCAGGCAGUGAAACCUAAUAUAAGCAUUUACCGGGCAAAGUUUUCAGAAAUAACUCCACAAGCUGUGAAUCGUGCCUGCCAAAAUCUUGUUGCUCCUGAUGAAAAUGUUUCUAGAGCUGUUGAUGCUAGAAUGGAGCUUGACCUUCGAAUUGGUGCGGCCUUCACUCGUUUUCAGACACUACGACUUCAGAAAGUUUUCCCUGAAGUCCUUGCUGAACACCUUAUUAGCUAUGGCAGCUGUCAGUUCCCUACCCUGGGCUUUGUUGUCGAACGCUACAAGCAGGUCGAAGCCUUCAUUGCUGAACCAUUCUGGAAGUUAAAAGUAACUCACAAAAUUGAUGACGUUGUUGCAGAAUUCACUUGGCAAAGAAAACAUCUGUUUGACUAUUUGGUAUGUUUGGUUUUUUAUGAACAUUGUCUUGAGUCUCCAACUGCUGUUGUUUGUGAUGUGAAAAGUCGACAGAAGAGUAAAUGGCGUCCUCAGCCUUUAGACACAGUGGAACUUGAGAAACUUGCUUCAAGGAAACUAAAAAUUGGUGCUAAGGAAACAAUGAGGAUUGCUGAAAAAUUAUAUACUCAGGGUAUCAUCAGCUACCCAAGGACAGAAACAAAUAUGUUUACCAAAGAAAUUGAUCUACAUGCUUUGAUUAGAAAGCAAACUGGAGAUCCAGCUUGGGGUGCUUUUGCAUCUCGUGUCUUGGAGGAUGGUCCAAAUCCCAGGAAUGGCCACAAGUCAGAUCAAGCUCAUCCCCCAAUACACCCCAUUAAAUAUUGUAACUCGUUACAGUUUUCUGCCAAUGGUUUGAUGAUUCUUGCCAAGAACUACCUGGAAGUCUACCCUUAUGAUAAAUGGUCGGAUAAGGAAAUUUCAAUUUACGAAGUUGGUCAAAGUUUUCUACCCACUUCCCUGGAGAUGUUGUCAGGUAAAACCUCACCACCCUCUUUACUCUCAGAAGCUGAUCUUAUUUCUCUGAUGGAAAAACAUGGCAUUGGUACCGAUGCCACUCAUGCGGAACACAUUGAAACCAUCAAAAGUAGAAACUAUGUUGGAGUGAGAGGUGACGGCAGGUUUGUUCCAGGACAUUUAGGAAUGGGACUUGUGGAAGGUUACGAUGCAAUGGGUUUUGCCAUGUCCAAACCAAACCUACGAGCAGAACUGGAAGCAGACUUAAAGAAGGUCUGUGGAGGUCAGAAAACUAAAGAAGAUGUGUUGCAGUCACAGAUAAGGAAAUAUAAAGAAGUAUUUAUUAAAGCAGUUGAACAGGCACGAAAGAUUGAUGAAGCUCUUGGUAACUAUUUGGGAGAAUCUGUGCCAUACACAGAAUCCACUACCAGUGAGAACAUGGCUACUGUUGAGUCAGUGAAACGCUGCCCCAAAUGUAACCAAGACAUGCUGCUGCGACAGAGGAAAGAAGGCAAAGGUUACUAUCUUGGCUGCAUUGGUUUCCCAGAGUGCCGAAAUGCUAUUUGGUUUCCUGAUUUUGUUCUCAAAGUUGAAGUUGAAGGAACCAUUUGUCCACAAUGUCAACCCGGUCCGGUCCAUUUGUUACGGUUCAAAUUCCGACCAGGCUAUGUACCACCCAUGAUACCAACAGAGUACGUUGGUUGUAUUGGAGGCUGUGAUACUUUUCUGAUGGAAGCUUUAGACAUUUAUUCAUCCCAAAACCGACAAACAACGUCAUCUUCACUCAACACUAGAACCUCUUCAACAUACGGUGACAGUGGCUACGGCAGUGAAGGGUCCAACAAUUCCUCCUCCAACAACCGAAAUUCAUUUCAGCCACAAAGAGCAAACAGGAAUGCAACUAGUGGCAGCUGGAGUUCAAGGGGAACUGAACCCCAGUUGAAGAAGCCUGGCGUGAUGAAUGCACAGUCUCGACCUAGAACGACCUUGAUUAAUAGAAAUGGGGACCAGUCUGAUGCCACGACUAUUGUUUGUGGCUGUAAUGUAGAUGCUAUUUUAUUGACCGUACGCAAAGAGGGACCUAAUACAGGUCGACAGUUUUAUAAAUGUAACAGCAGCACCUGUGAUUUCUUCCUGUGGGCUGAUCAAAGCUCAAGUUCCACCACUUCAAGCAGGUUAACAGUUCAGAAAGAAGGUCCAAACAAAGGCAGGCAAUUCUUUGCCUGUCCUCAAAGCAGAGGCACUGGUUGUAACUUCUUCCAGUGGGGUGAUAAUUCAAACUCAUCAGGUAUAUCAUUAUGUAACUUCUUAACCGAUGUCAUCAUCAUAUUCACAAAACUGCCUUUUUGUUUUCUGUAAAAGCAUUGCAGUGAU